CCGAUCUCCUCGGCAUGAGAAGAAGAAGAAAAUCCGCAAGUAUUGGGAUGUCCCUCCUCCAGGUUUUGAGCACAUUACACCCAUGCAGUAUAAAGCCAUGCAGGCUGCGGGACAAAUUCCAGCUACAGCCCUACUACCAACCAUGACUCCAGAUGGGCUGGCAGUAACACCUACACCUGUGCCUGUAGUCGGCAGCCAAAUGACGCGACAAGCUCGACGUCUCUAUGUUGGCAAUAUCCCUUUUGGAAUCACUGAGGAAGCAAUGAUGGAUUUCUUCAAUGCCCAGAUGCGCCUUGGUGGCCUUACUCAGGCUCCCGGUAAUCCUGUCUUGGCUGUGCAAAUUAACCAGGACAAGAACUUCGCUUUUCUGGAG